AGAUCAUCACUGAAGAAACACUCAAGCAAUCAGACCAUCAACAAACAACAUUGUUAUGUCUAAACGUAGCGAUGAAGCUCAGAGGAGACUGGAAUAUAAGUUAUAUCUGAAUUCCCAAGUCCACUAGGUUGCUCCUGUCUUGAAUAUUAGCAUGGUAGCAGGGAAGAUUUUAUAGCAGGGAACAUAAUAAUAGCUGGGAGAAUGGGAGGCAAGAACAGUAAAAAGAAACAAGGUCAAGGGCAUACCAAUACAUCAGAUUGGGGGCCAGUGACUGAAAGUGUCACAAAUGUCAGCGAAAAUUCUAAACGAAAAUUGGAACAUCUUUUACAUAUGGCCAGAGAAAACCCAGAUGACACAUUUGAUAUAUCCAAUUGUGAAUUAACUGAGGUCCCAGGUGGGGUGUUUGCCUUAUGUAAAGUCCUACAGAAGCAAGCUCUCCUUCUUCACACCAAUUUAUUACGCAAUCUACAAUGUGGGGGGUCCUUUAGAGACCUCAGUGCAGUGAGGGUUUUGGACUUACACAGUAACCAGCUGACAAAACUUCCAGUUGAAAUAGGCAAUAUGAAAGCCUUGCAAGUGUUAAACCUUGAGAAGAACAAACUUACAACCUUACCAGACACAAUAAAAGAACUACAGGCCUUACAGUCAUUUAAUUUAAGAUCCAAUAAGAUAAAGGAGUUACCAGAUGCAAUGUGUAAGAUGCGAAGUUUGCGAACAUUAGACGUGCAAGAUAACCCUCUUACGACUCUACCUGUACAGUUGUGUGAGGCCAGGACAUUAGACACCCUAUUGGUCAAUGCAGAUCACAUGACCUACCCCUAUUGUGAUAUAUGCCAGGCAGGAACUGAAAGCAUCAUGAGGUUUCUUUGUAAAGAGAGAGGUAUAGAAUACAUAGAGCCGUCUAACUUCACUGUGGCUGUGCUAGGUCCACCCAUCUCAGCACAUCAAGACACCAUAGAUGCAAAAACUAAAAUUCUAGCAGACAAUGAUGCACAACUGAUGGCCCAUAUGCAGCAAUAUGAAACCAGGCGGGAGCAGAAACGUAAAGAAAUGGCUGAACUUGAGCAACAACUGAAGGAAGAACAACAGCUCCAGGCACAAAUAGCAACAGGAUUCGCCAACAAUAAGCUCCACCUGGUGAAGGCAUUGGCAAAAGAACAAGAGCUGUAUGAUUCGGAGCUGAUGUCAGUUCGACAGCAGAAGGACAUUGAAAAUAAAUUAUUCAUACAGAAUAUGAAAGAAGUCGAGAGAGAUGUUACAAACUUGACAAAUGAACUUCUGGAAAUGUCGGAGAAAGCUCGCAAAACAGAGUCAUUCCUAGAAAGGAUUGAACAAGAAAGGAUAGAGUCGGAAGAAUGGUUCAGAGUUCGUCAAGAAGAAUCAGAAAACCUCCGAAAACAGGAUGUAUUAGAUGCUAUGCAAAGAAUCCUACAAGAAUCUAAAGACAUUGAGCAGGCUAGACUGAACUAUGACUCAAAAAAACGACAAGAAGCUAUCGUCUAUAAUCAAAAAUUAACUGCGGCUGAGAAUUAUUCAUUACAGAGGGCUUUAUCCCAGACUAGCCACAAACAGAAUAAGUUUGUAGAAUAUCUACAAGAUCAGGAAAAACUCCAGAAAGCAGCGUUUGAGGCCCUGCAAAUGAGCAAAGAUGCUAAACACAAGCGUGUCACUGAACAGAUAGACCUUAUAGAGCAAGAGUUAGCUCAGCUUUCUCUGGUAGAGGUAGAAAGAAGACGUAUGAAGAUGGACUUCGAAAUGAACAUUAUAGCAGAGAAGAGAAUUCAGUUGGCUUGUCUGCUGGUACAGUUGUUGGAAGAGCGUGACAAGAGGCAAGCGGAACUCAAUAAGAGAUUGGCUGAGAUGGAGCAACAGAGGCUGAAUGAUCAGAAAGACUAUUGGCUGGUUCAGUACCAGCGACUUAUGGACAGGAAACCGCAAAGUCUUCUCGAUGAGGAAAGCAGUCUAGAGCUUGCUGUUGUGGAUAUCCUAGUCCAAGCAAAGGCUGAUGAUUACAUACCAUUGUUUUCACGUCACCGCAUUACCAUAGAAACGCUGCUUCAGAUGACAGAGAAUGACUUGAAAAGUAUGGGAGUUCAUGAACUGGGAGUAAGAAAUCAGAUAAUGGCAGCUGUUGAGCACUAUGAUAAGAAAGUUAAUGGAGUGAGAAAAGAUGUUGGCAAAGAUAUUACAGAUACAAGAACAGAACCAGCUGCAGAAAUACAGGCAACCCCAACUGCACCACAAGUUCUUGGGGCCAAUGGAAGCCUUGACAGUGUUGCGUUGGAGGUGACAGCUAGGUUCUUCACAGAAUGUGUGGUAUGCAUGGACGUAAAAGCGGAUGUGAUAUUCUUGGAUUGUGGCCAUGUGUGUUGCUGUACUACAUGUUCUAAGCCUCUAAAGAUAUGUCCCAUCUGUCGUGCUGAUAUAAGACAACUUAUACAUCUUGCAGCUGGAUCUGUACUAGAUUUAACAUAGAACGUGAGGAUUAACAUAGAACGUGAGGAUUAACCUGGAACUGAGGAUCAACAUAGGGUAUGAGGGUUGAUAUAGUACAUGGAAAUUGACAUGGAACAUGAGGUUGAACAUAGAACAUGAGGAUUAAUAUUGAACAUAGAACUUGAGGAUUAAUAUUGAACAUAGAACAUGAGGAUUA